ACCGUUACGAAGAUAUCUCUGCGGGCGCCAUUUUCCAAACUCUUCCUUCGCUACGUUGUAUUAGUUACCGCCACGAAUUUUCACGGACCUCCUGAUUUCCAGCAGUUUGAAAGAAAUGCAGAUAGAUUUAUUUUUCCUGGUGAAAAGUAAGUUCUAGGAGGUUUCUUUUUGGAGAUGGAUCGGUACGUGCGAGUAAAGAAGAUCGGCGAAGGCUCGUUUGGAAAAGCCUUGCUGGUGAAAAAGAAGGCCGAUGGAAAGCAGUAUGUUAUUAAGGAGAUCGGCAUUUCCAAGGUGAUUUUUGUGUCAGAUUGAAUGUCUAGUAUUUGUUGAAAGUGUCUGUAAAUGAUGAAUUUUGAUUCUCUUGUAGAAAUCUUGGCGGUAUCCCAGUAUGUACAUUCAUGUAAUUGUUUAGGCUCAUGUUACAAAAUACAGCUCCACUCAACUUCCUUGAUGUAUAUUUUCUAGAUGUCACCUAAAGAGAGAGAGGAAUCCAGAAAAGAGGUACUGUCUUGGACUUGGUCCAACAAGAACUUUUGUCUCUUAUAGAUUGCUAGUCUAAUGUUCGUCGCAUUUUAUCAAAAUUUAAUUACAGGUGGUCUUGUAAUUACUGCAGCAUCCACUUGAGUUUUUAUUUUGAUUAUUGGUGUACACCGCAUGAUGAGAUUUGAAUGCGGAUAUUUUUCUGCAAACCCUCUAACUAGCGCUUGAAAUAUGAGGUAACUUAAGAUGUUGUGCGUAAUUUCAUUUAAAGUAAAUGCCGUGCAUGAAGUUAACAUUUUUAUGAAUCCUUCAAGAAAAAAAAAAAAAAAAAAAGACAGAAUCUUUCCUUAUCUUUUUCGGGAAUAAAGUGAGGAAACAGAGAAUAUUCUCAUGUGAUAUUUAAUAAUUAAGCUGAAAAUUAGCAAUGGCUUGGCCAUCAAACAAGACAAGAAAAAUACUUAUUUAAAUAAUUUUUUUUCAAAGGUGAAAGUCUUGGCUCAGUUGAAACACCCAAACAUUGUGUCAUACCAAGAGUCAUUUGAAGGUAAGGGUUGCCCUGUUUACAUAAUCAAACAUAUUCAAACAUGUAUUUGUUGCAGCAGUUUUAUGAACAAGAAAUAAAAAUCUCACCACAGAAUUCCUCCAAAAAAUAUCUCUGAGACCUGUUUGAGCUACUACUGAUGCAAGUUGCCUUAUUAAUGUGAACUAUUUAUUGCAAAUUAGGUCAUUUACCUUAAGUUAUUGUGAAAAAAGGUAGAGAAAAUAAAAGAUCACAUUCAUGAUAGGAUUUAAGACUCAAAUUCACACCUCUUUUAUUGAUUUGUUAUUUCUUUCCUCCAGAAAAUGGAAACCUGUACAUUGUUAUGGACUACUGUGAAGCAGGUAUUUAAUAGAGUAAAUAGUAUGCACAACUCUAGAUUUUAAAGAGUGGUCAAAUUGGAAUUUGGAUCAUUUGAUUUUUAUGAGGUGAGGGAAACUGGAGAACUUACAGGAACACUUAUCACCAAAAAUGAGAAACAGCAGUAAACUCAACCCAUCCGAUGCUAUAUCUGGGAAUGGAACCCAGGCCACAGCUGUUGAAAAAAGGGUUCUCAUCUCUGCACCAUCCCUAUGCACCUUAAAUUAUUUAAUAAUAAAUUAAUUCAUUUUUGACAAUACAUAUAAUUUCUUGAUGAAGUGCAUUCUGCCUUGUGAGGUCUUGUCUUCCAGUUUACCUUUGGGAUACCCUUUGAAUCUAAGAUUCCUAAGAAAUGUGGUACAGCUGUUGAGGUAAAGAUAACUAAAAGAAUGUUUGUUUCAAAUGUUAACUUCUAAUACUGACUAUAAAUUUACAGGUGACUUGUAUAAAAAGAUUAAUGGCCAGCGAGGAAUACAGCUGCCUGAAGAACAGGUAGAAUUGUACAUAAGCAUUUUUAAAUGUUCUCCCAAAUUGUUUCUUUGUCAACAAGGGUGUUUUUGCUGUUAAUUCAGUUUGAAUCCAAUUUUAUUUUAUUCCAGGUUUUAGACUACUUUGUGCAGAUAUGCCUUGGCUUGAAACAUGUACAUGAUAGAAAAAUUCUUCACAGGGAUUUAAAAUCACAGGUUUGUCCUAUAACUUUAUUAUUUUUGAAUGAUUAAUGUGCAAACAAAUGUGAUACUACCAACAUUUAACUGUUUUUGUGUUUUACCUUACAGAACAUAUUUUUAACAAAGAAUGGAAUAGUCAAGCUUGGAGAUUUUGGAAUUGCAAGGGUUUUACACAGGUAAUAAGGUUUUAAUGAGGUUAUGUAGUAAGUUUUUAUGUUUUUUUUUUUAUAUUACUUGUUUAUUACUUUCUAAUAUUUUCAAACCUAAGUUUGUCCAAUGGUGACUUCACAAUUGAGUUGAGCUUGGCUUUCAAUGAUUCCAAAUUUGUUUCUCUUUCAGCACCAUGGAGCUUGCCCGCACCUGUAUUGGUACACCAUAUUAUUUGUCCCCAGAAAUCUGUGAAAACAAACCUUACAAUAAUAAAAGGUGAGCCUGUAUUUUCCUAAAACUGUAGUCAAAGGGUACUGUGCAAGUAUUACCAGUGUCAAUUUGACUGUUCAUGAAAUGAUGAUUAUUACAAAUAUUGAUUCGAUUUUUUAACCAAUUUCAAAAUUUUCAUGCAGUGAUAUCUGGUCACUUGGAUGUGUCCUCUAUGAGUUGUUGACCCUCAAACAUGCUGUGAGUAUUUUCUUCACUUUGCCUUUUACAAAAUGAUUGACUUCCAGUAUUUGUGUACAUACACCUUUCCUCCAUGGUUUCAACCAGUAAAGUAUGAAAACAUUUUCAUUCAAUGCUGGUGAUUCUAAAGAAAAAUGUUUUUAAUUGCAGUUUGAAGCAGGAAAUAUGAAGAACUUGGUUAUAAAAAUAAUAAGGUAUGGAGUAUUGUUCAUGGUAUGUGAUGAAAUUUUUCUGCUGGUGUAAACAGUCAAUUGAUGACCAACCAGUUGCAACUUUGGACCUAGAUUAUUUGUUCAUAGCUUGCUAGCAUGGCUGUAUCACUAAACUGAGUUUUAUUUACUAAAUAACAGUUCAUCAUGUUUUAAGUAUUUGGACUUAUUCAAAAAGUACAAAUUUGGUGUAGUAAUGAUCCUUCAAUUUUCAAUUCAAGUUGUAAGUUCUUUGUGAUCUCUAAUGGUUUUUGUUUAUUUUCAUAGAGGGUCAUAUCCACCCAUCCCCUACAAGUACAGUGCUGACAUCAGAGGCUUGGUUGCACAGUUGCUAAAACGAAAUGCUCAGUAUGUGCUAGAUCUAGUGAUUAUUUAAUUUAACUAUUUAUAGGAAUGGCUUUGUUAUGAGAAUUUUAUUAAUGUUUUAAUUGUUAACCCUUGAGGACCUAAGAGUGACUAGCAUCUAAUUUCUCCCUAAAAUUUCACCCCUGAAUCAAACACAAAAGUCAUGAGAAUAGAGGAGAUGAUCAGCAACUAAAGCAGCUCUCGAUUGUGAAACAAAUUCUCCUUGUCAGCUUCUUUGGAAAUCUAUGGAGAACAGUAUGGAGAAUAUGCAUAUUGAUGUUAGGGUGUAAAGGGUUAAAAGAUGUGGUAUGCAAUAAAUUUUACUGAUUUCUCCUUGUAACUUGCAGUGAUCGCCCAUCAAUUAACUCAAUCCUGAAGAAGCCAUUCAUACAAAAAAGAAUUGAGAAGUUUUUGUCUCAGGAGGUUGGUCAUUGAAGUCAAUUUGAUGAAAUUAAUGCUUUCUCCCCUUAAAUUCCAAGGUUACUUGGAAUUUAUGAUCAAACUUUAUGGUUGAAUGAUCUGUCAGUAGCUUUGUGAAACUAGGUUCACCUUUAUUUUGUAACAUGAUUUACUAGUGGUUGUAAGGACUUUUGUCAACUAGGUUUUGACCUGCUUGCUUUUUUCAAAACAUAUUUUUAGAAAAUGGCAGAAGAGUUUAGCCACACUGUAAUUCAUCGUAAGCCUUUGGGUGUACUUGGCCAGCAGCGGAUGGCACCCAAGCCUGUCAUUAAACCUGCUCCAGGUCAGUUGCUUUGAUGCCACAGUUUGGAGACAUGAUGUCAUGCUCCAUGUUAUCCAUCUGGCUUAUGCAUGAAUACUUUAACUUAUGGUUGUAUCACAAAAGUUAAUAGUUAUAACCUGUUGGGGGAGCCUUGCUGUUAUUGAUUCACUCCUCUGUUAAAAUGUUUUCUUUCACCACAAAUCCUGAAUAUUUUCAGUGUCACAAAAGUACAGUAACCCAAAGGCCAAGUAUGGAGUUUCUGUUGCAAAGAAGAAGCCUCCAGUUAAGUAAGAUUUAAUUCUAUUCGAUCUUCAAUUUAGGCAUUAUUUUAACCUUUUUUAUAUUGAUAAAAACUUUGAAAAUGUAUUUUGCUUUCAGGAAGCCUGGUUCUGGAGAAGCUGCUAAGAAACCACCUUCCAGACCAAGCAGUGCUGCACAAGAGAAACCUGUUGACAAGAAAAAAGAGCUAGAUGCUCGUGAAAGAAGACGCAAGGACUUGAUGCAGAAUCAGGUAAGGUUAAACCUUGUGCCAGGUCUUGAAAAGUGAUAACAAAUAACCCAACAAUAACAGAUAAUUUCAUUAUGUGUGGUUUUGUUGUUUUACUGAUGCAGGAUCAGAUGUACCAGGAUUACAUGAAGAAGGUUCAACAACAGAGAUGGGAACGUCAACAGGUGAUCAAACUGCGUACCAUGAAUAAAAACAAACACUGAUGCUCAAAUCUCUUUGAGUGCAAUGCAGAAUUUGAAGUUUAUUUAUACUCCCACUUGCUUCCAGAAAACAUUAACAUGAUGGUUACUUCAUUUUACAGCGUGAUCAGAUUAACAGAGCUAGAGAGCAGGCUUGGAAAAACACUCUCCUGGUUGGGCUUAGUCCAGAGGUGAAUAUCCUGAUUUUGUUCUGAAUGUAAUGGUAUGCCAGUGUUGUACAUUUGUAAGAGUCAGUAGUUAUGUAGCACUCUUGAGCAACAAGAGGUACAGUGUACAUGUUUCAUGAAAUACUAAAUGAGACAUUACACAAUUUUAUUGUCCUUCAUUUGAUCAGUUUAGCCGAGAUUGAUGCUUUCCAUUCUUUUAUCAGUUUUGCGUCAUUCAUCCAAUGGCAUAAGAAUCCCUGUCCAUAUCAAAAUUUUCAUCACAGCCAUUCAUGAAAAAUUCAGUUCAUCAGAAACUUUUUAAGACAAAUCUCUUGUUUUCAGGGGUGCGAUAUUGAAGCAUGCCUCUAUAAACUUCAAGACAAUUGUCUUCAAUCCUGUUUUGCUCUAAAUACUUGUGUCCAAUUGAUUGACUUGAUUCUUCUUAAGCAAGACACUCUCUCCUCAGUGGUAUGAGGGCAUCUUUCAGUCAGAUUUAAAAUUAAAAUAAACUGUUUUUAAACAUUUGAAUUUAUUGGAGCUUAAACCUAGUAUGUCCUAUUGUUUUUGCUCUGGUACUGCUUUUGUACAAAUCCUUGAAAUAAAAUAAAUAAUAAAUAAAUUAAAUGACUUUGAAGGUUAAAACUAUCUAUCUCCCGUCUAGUCUAACAAAGAAUUUCUGCAGACAUUUCCCAAGCUUUUUUCCUGUAUUGAUGGUCAUUUUAGGCAAAUAAACACUAAUUUAAUAAAUAGAUGGAGAAAUCAUUAGAUAAAUAAAUAAUUGAAAAAGUUGCUAUGAAUGAAUAAAAAAAGGAUCAAAUACCAGUAAUUUAAACUUUUAUGAUGGAUUAUAGAAAGAUCCUGUAGUAAAAUGCUUCUGUUUACUAUGUUUUCUACCUGUCCAUGGAAGAUGACAUCAUGAGAAAGAAUCCAUCUAAUGACAAUGUUUUCAUGUUCCAUUCAAACCUAUAUAACAAAUAUCUGACAAAACUUGAAAAUUGUUAAUUUUUUUAGAAAGCAAAAAAGCCUGCAGCUCCAUCUGCUGGUGUAAAACCAAGUCAACCAGAUGUCAUUGUGAGUACCAAGUUAAUGAUUUCAGCACUCCUAUGGCUGGUUGUGAACAUGUGAAUCUAUUUUAUAUUUUAUUAGCACAGAUGUGUUAGUUUCAAACGUACUUACACACUUAUGUAACUUUAUUUUAUCUCCAAUUUGCAAGUUCCAUGUUAUGAUACAGACUGUAUACUUCUAGUUUUGUGGGUUUUAUGUAAUGAGUGUGCUCUGAAAUUUUGGUCUUGAACAGAAUUCUGAACUCUUGUAAGAAAAGGUUUUUGGAAAAUUAGAACGUCCUUCUGCAAAUGGUCGUUUGAUGUGACUGAAUGUAUUCAGGCUGUUACAGGAAUUUGGAACAUGAAUGUAGUUCACAGUUAAGCCUUCAUCUUCUGGUAGAUUUUUGAGAAUUUAUUUGCAGCAUUUCCAUGGAUACUUGUGAUAGAUAAUAACUUGUGGUUUUUCAUUUAGAACAAGCAGCCACAGGCGAUGCAGAAAUAUCAAGAAAAAGCUGGAGACAAGGAGUUCAAAGAGAACAAACCAGCAAGACCCUACUCAGCAGAUAAUCGGAACAGACAACCAAAUGUAGCAGUCAAAGGGGCUGGUCGACCUGUGUCUGCUAAUGAAGCUAACAGAGCACCAGCUGCCAAUCCUGUAAACCUGGCAUGGAAUGCAGCCAAACAAGGACAGGUCGAUAGGUGAGUGAAGCGAAAAAGGGUGUGGUUCACAGGAUACGGGUUAAGGUGCGCCUCAAGGAAUAAUAAUGUAUAAAGACUUUGUAACAGAGACUGUAUAGAAUUGCGGAAAAUCCAGAAGAGAACGGGAGGUCUUGACUUAUCAAAGACUGAGUCGUGCUGUAGUUGUACCUUUGACUUACCUAGGUCAAAGGUGUUUUAAAAAACUAUGCACUCGGUCCUAUGGAGAGUUUAUGUGGUGGAGGGAUAGGUUUUACGAUAGUCGCACAUGAGCUGCACGAGACAUAGAGUUAGUGAAGGAAAGACUGUUAAAGCCUUUUAAUUUGUUUUUUUCAUUUCAUAUUUCGUUGAAUAGAGCGCAAGGAGCUGGGGCAGCAGAGCGAGCUCGUGUGUUGGAAGAAUUCUGGAACAGAAAGAGAGAUGCACAGAGAAACAGAGCGAGGGGACAGGUAAGAUGGGUCAUAGGGAGAGAAAUAAAGAAUUGAGGGGACGGGUAAGAUGGGUCAGAGGGAAAGAAUAAAAGAACUGAGGGGACAGGUGAGAUGGGUCAUAGGGAGAGAAAUAAAGAACUGAGGGGACAGGUAAGAGGGGUCAGAGGGAAAGAAUAAAAGAACCGAGGGGGGUAGGGAAGAUGGGUCAGAGGAAAAGAAUAAAAGAACCGAGGGGGGUAGGGAGGAUGGGUCAGAGGGAAAGAAUAAAAGAACCGAGGGGGGUAGGGAAGAUGGGUAAGAGGGAAAGAAUAAAAGAACUGAGGGGGGCAGGGAAGAUGGGUCAAAGGCAAAGAAUAAAAGAACUGAGGGCGAGAGACAAGCUUCAAACAUAGUCAUGCUAAUAUAUAGAUUUAGCCAAGCCUAAAAGCGGAGCUCGCAUUUUUUUUCCGCACGUCUUAAGGGCACAACGCCUUACCCCGGCCAGGACUAGAACCCGGGUUGUCCGACUCGGAGCUCAGUGCACUGGCCACGAGACUACUGGAGAAAGCCGUGGCGUUGGCGUGCCCGCGGAACAGUUGACCACGCAUGUUAAAAGUAGCACCUUGUACGGUCGGUCGUACGGUCUCAAGUCCAAAUUUUUUCGGCUUGAUGGGUUACUACUAUUUUGUAUAAUUAUGGGGCUACGCUCUGCGAGUUCCGCUAUAAUUGUACAAUGUGCUUCUUCUAACACAUUUUUUCCUUCCCUUCAUAGAAUUUUAAUGCACUCCCAGAUCACUACCCGCCAGGUUAGUUUGAAAAAUUCUGAUCAUGUACUUUCGUUCUUUGUAAAAUUUGCUCGCCCUCAGAAAUCCAAUAUGGAGUUUUUUAAUAUUUCUUUUUAUAGGUAACGUUGCUCAGAAGAAAGAUGGUCUGCCUGCUAAGGACGCAAAGGAAAAGGUUUGUAUUGAAACAUAUCCGUACAAAGUAUCCGUGAAAAAGGUGAAAAGAUGAAAAGUUGGAUAUGUGAAUGUGUUUCUCUACUGACGCCCUUCCGUACUUAGGACUGCAGCUGGUGAGGCAUUGGAAAUGACCGCAGUGGUUUGUUAAUUAGAAGGGGUAAAGCCUCCUGUUAAAGACACGCCGUGAAUUGUUGUGAAGUGAACUGUAUCUUUAUCUUGCUCUCUGUAGGAAUAUCUUUCGCGUUUGGAAGCUAUUCGACGCCAAAACUUUCAUGAACGAAAAGAAAUACAGAGAAGAAUGGCAGGAGUGCGAGCCCCAAAGGAAGUACCACCGGCACAGGUGAGCAAUGGAGUUUUAACGACUGAAAUUAUUGUCUGUGGUGCGAACAGCUGUUAACAAAAAAAACGUUGAUUCGUUUUUCAUCCUAGAAAGAGAAUGUGAUGAUUCAUGGAGACCCACGUUAUGAUCCUGUCGCCAGGAAAAAGAAAAUCGCUGAUUUAAAGGUAAAAGUCAGCCCAUUGUUUCGAAGCUGGUAACGCGUGUAGAAGGUUUCCUUGCUCGUGCUUAGCGCUUGGAACACGUUGUUUCUCUAGAUAGGUACUACUCGUGUGUUGUCCUUGACUCUCGUUUCUGUUUAAUAGCUACUCUCUUUUCCCUUCAUUUUAUGAAACCGGGAGAUCGCAUUAGAACGUAGUCUUUGCACGAGUGUAAAGUGUCUUCCACUGACUUUGUUUACUUAUUUUCGCCUGUUUACAUCAAGGCUCAAGCAGAAGAUCGUGCUACGAUGUUGCGGGCUCAACUUGAACAGAGAAAGAAAACGAUUCUAGCUAGAAUUAAUAAAGAAGGCAAAGAAAGACUGGAAAAGGUUUGGAAUUUUCUUCAGUUUGCCAUCAUUUUUUAAGGGUUACUUGUGCUUUAUGUCACUAUUGUAUAAAUCUUUUUUUUGUAGGAAAAUCAAAGACAGGAUCCUGAUAAAAGGUAUUUCGCUUGUUUUGAGCGACUUUAAUUUGAUAAUUCGUUUGAUCUGCAGAUUAUCUUACGUAGAUUUGAGGAAAUUCGUUGCGAUAGUGUACUGGAGAUUUUUUAGUGGAAAAUGAUAACGAUAAAAAUAAAAUCCACCUCAUGCUAUCACGCAAGUGAAGGGCCAUAGUCUUGAUUGCUUCUCUGUGACGCUCUUUUACAGGCCGCUCCCUGCUUUGGCAAAGUAUGAAAGACCAGCAGGUAUAGUUUCAUUGCAAUUCUGAUGAUUGUUGUUUUGUAUUUCCUCCGUGUAUAUGUAAUCUGGUUCUGUAACGGUUUAAGUUCGUGUCUAAUCUAAUGGAUUGAAUUGUCACAGAGCCCGCGCCAAAGCCAGCGGUUGCCCCUGUGGGUCUUGAGACAGCUUUAAAAGAAGUAGGAGCCACAAUGCUGUUCAGAUCAAAUUCAGAGGUAAACUACCAAAUCUUUUGCCAGGAUCAUCUUGUCCAAUUGCAACUGAAUUUUGUAACUUGUUCUCUUAUUUUUUAUUUCUUCUUUUUCAGAACGAUCUUCGUAAGAUGACAGAAGAAGACAAGAAGGAGCCCCUUGCACCACGAAAGGCCUGGGGAGAUAUUCCUUUCCAACCACGUAUCCUACCAUUAGAGGUGACAUCAUCGGCGAUGGAAGGUGAGAAGUGAUUUUGCAGACCUGUUGACUGGAGGGUCAGUUCAAAAGUUGGCCUCCUUCCUCUGCUCUCAGGCUAAUCAGGUUACGCACCACUGUCCUCUUUGGCGCUUGGUCGGAGCAAGACUAACUGUCGAUGAUCAAUUAAGUGUUCCAUUCCUCGCUAACGUAGAAAUAAGCAACUUUCAGUGCAUGAAGCUUGUUUAAUUCCUCUCUUUCUCGCUUUUCCAGCAACCAGUGCAGGCGAUGCAGUAAUGAAACCAGCAGCGGAUGCCGCCAGGAAGCAAUGGGGCAAACCACAAAUGACAGAAAUCAUCUCGGCUUUGGGUAACGCCAAGCUCCAAACUGCAACAACAGCCAUAGGAGGAGCUGAUGAACAAGAUGCGGCAAAGAAGGCUUCACCAGCUGUUGUCACACAAUCACCUGCUGGCUCUUCGGUCUCUGCGAUGGGCACAACUGUCACGGUACAAAGCCCCACUGUACCUCCCUUGUUAGGAGUAACAGUGGUGAAAUCGCCCACCUCAAAGUCUCCACAAACUGUUAUUGUCAAAAAGGAUAAGAGUGAUGAGAUGCCUGAGGCAGCGAGCUCCAAAGGAGGGGCCACAAUUACCAUAUCUGGAACAACAGAAGAUGAACAUAAAAAAUCUCCUGUAUUGGACACGAUCUCCGAGGGAACCAGAGAGGGUGACAUCAACAAAGACAACGGUACUGUAAAAGUGGAGAAUUCAGAUGAUUUGAAUUUAGAAGAGGUGGAGAGUGUCCCCCAGGAAAAGGUCCUCGAAACUUCGCCCGAAAAGGCCGAACCGAAGAGUCCGGUAAAGGCCUGGGGAGGGGAAAAGGCCACUACACCAACUGAUGGUAGGUUCUAGACCCCCAAGUCAAAACAUGGAUUUUCUUGUUAUUUUAAACCAUGUCAAAACAGAGUAAUUGAGUACAAAGUCAGUAUUUAGUUAAAUAUAGUUAUUACUUGGAUAAGUGACUUACCUAACUUGCUGUCUAUUUUCGCUAUGUUCAAGGUGCUUUCAAACAAAAAUCUCCCCGCAGUGCCUGGGUAGACGAUGAUAAGAGAGCUGCCUAUCAACAGUUCUUGAUGGCGUCACGCGAGCGUACUGGCGCAGAAUCUGAGUCACGCAAUGAAUCACACGAUGAAAAAUCUGCGUCACGCGCCCAAGCCGAACAGGAACCAAAAGAAGCUCUGUUUAAACGAGUUAAUAGGAAGGAAGAAAGGAAGGAAACAAGAUCAGAGGAUCUGGAAGUACAAGAUAUUUCGGUUGACGACUCGUAAGUUUGCAGCACUCAGCUUACAAUUUAGUUAUAUUGUCCAGUUUUAAGACCUGAUGAUUUGUUCUGUGAUGAAGAGCACAGUCCUGGUUGAAAGCUUCGCCACUCAGAAUCCAUUGGACAUCUCAGCAUAUUAACUGUUUCAUAUUAUUGUGUGUUUGAAUUUAGAUCAUUCCAUACGGCUGAUGGGUCACCAAACAAAUCAAUGCGGGCUGCAGAGCUACAAACAGGAAUUUAUGAUACGAAUUUUACAGUAAGUAAUUACAUCUUCUAUCUUAGGGUCGUCGUCGAUCUCUCACACAUCUAAUCGAAGCUUUUUUUCGGAUUAUUUUUCGGAUAUUUCUCUGUCAUCCUGGGUAUUGUGGGCUGCUGUAGUGGAAAUUACACGAUUGACAAUAUUUAUGCUUAUUCUGUCGCAGAGGCUACGAACUUGCUCUUUACCCGACUUGAGGAUGUUGUUUAAGACCGCUACCUCCGGACGUACACAGACUUCAGAUGAGGAGCAGGGGGAGACAGAUGAGGAUGAACACGGAGACGAAGAGGAAAAUGCUGAUGAGCAAGGAGAUCUAGAAGGGGACGAAGAACUUGACGGAGGGAAUGAAGAGCAUGAUGAUGGUGACGACGAGGAUGAUGACGAUAACGAGGAUGAUGACGAAGACGAUGACGAAGACGAUGACGAAGAACUUAAUGUUGGCAGGUUUGCGCGUGUUAAAAGAAAAUGUCUUUCAAUGCAUUUGCAGGGUAUUUGUAGUAGCCUUACCUUACUGUUCUUUUUUAGAGAACAAGAGGUGAUGAAUGUGUUAUUAUUUUCUCAGUUAUUCACGAAUUCCUCCUUAUAUUUUAAAAAUAUCAUUUUUUGGGUGUUUUAUUUUGCCUAUUCGGCUUUUGGAACGUGGUUUGAUUUCGAUCCACAACUUUUUGAGGAUAUAACAUCCCCUAACGACUAAUUCCUUAACUUAAGUUUGUAGGACCAACUGUUUUCGUAUCCUUAUAGUCUUAUAAUACAUAUAAGAAGCGAAGCUUGUAAUUAUUUCACAAUUUAGUUACUCGGUCAUUUUAUGAUCUUUCCUCAGCGACGAAGAUGAAAAUGAGGAAUUCGAGGAUAUGUUGAAUUCCAUGAGAGACGUACUUGUAAGCACUGGUAAGAUUUAAGUAUAUAAUUUCUUCAUUUUGUCAUUAGCCCUUCACACCCAUGAUAGAUCACAUGACUUUCUUACUAUGUACUUCUCCCUAGGACGAUCUCCUUCACCCAUCAAGAGCAUGCGUGGAACUGAUAACAGUUUGGACUGGGAUCACUGCGCGGACACGCAGUCCCCAAAAGGUGAAAUUUUCAAUCACCCGUUCCCCUUUUAUUGGAAUAUUUUUUCUUAGAAAAAAUUGUUCCCUGGUCAUUCCCUUCAUAAGUCUCCACUGACCAACAGCCAGGAUCUAGCUGGUGCAGGUUACAUAGACACGCAACCUCGUUUCCAAGCCAUUUUUCCAAUCGAAUGAGGAAGUGGGUGAAACUAUGGCUCUCUCAUGUAAUAUGAAAACGAACCCCUCUUUGGAAGACUGAUUCGUGAUUUUAAUCAUGCAAGUUUUUGUUAUCUAUUUCUCUAAAUAGACGAUGAUAGCGACGGAGUGGAACUAGAACGAUCGUCAUCUGAGUUAUCCAAUCUGAAUGAGGACUGGGACUCAGGUAUGGAGGAUCAAAUCGAAAUUCCUUGAUAUGAAAACUACCAUAUAGAUUGGAGGGCAAAGAAUGUUUGGUAAACUUUUUGUUGUUGUCCAACCUCCCUCUGUUCCUGUAUAGCAAGUUGUAUCGUAGAUUGUUGUGAAUCAUGACUCAUCGUUUUUUUCAUCAGGUGACGACGACGAUGACGAAGACUCAGCCUUGCAGGAGGCGCGAGAUAAGAAGCGUCAGGAGGAAGAAGAGAGUUUGUUUCAAAGACUGGAAGAGUCACGACUGAUGCUUGAACAGGAACUAGGAAUUGACAGAUUUCUACGCGUCUACAAGUUUCUCCAGGUACAAAGAUGUGUCCAAUGAUUUUUUAAAAAAGGAAACACGAGUCUCGUACAUAGGAGUCCUCUCAGUGUUACCUUUUCAGUGUGAAUAGCUCGUCCUCUCUUUUGGGUUUCAAGCCGUGGUCCACUUGAUAUAAAGAGAAUAAAUUUCACAUCGAUCUUUGAGUAUUACAUUGACUGAAUUUGUCUCUCGACAGUCUGUCCAAGAAAACGAAGACGAUAGCGCGGAGAUCGGCACUGCAGGCGAGAUCAGUGAACUGCUAGGAGACAAAGAGCAUCUGUAUCCCAAAAUACUUUACCUUGUCAUAGCAGACUCGGCCUACACUGAGGGUAUGACCUCUUAUAUUUGAACUUAACGUCUAGUAUUUUAUAAAUUCCUUAGGCAUCUUCCCAAAUCAUGCUCUACCUCAGGCAAAAAUCAGUUUAAAGCCUCUCACAAUUUUAUGUCGGUAUUGUUAUAAAUUGUGAGGAGUUCUUCGCUUUCUCUCUCUUAUUUGCAGUGAUCUUUAAUCUUUUUUAUCUUCAUUUGCAGAUAACCAAUGAAGCACGCCUGCUGCCCUUAUCAGUAAAUUAUAUUUAGCUCCGAAUGAAAAGAACAUGGACAAUGUUUGAGCCUAAGUUUCACCUCUAGGAGAGAAUUCAGGUUGCAUAGAGUGUUUAGUAAGCGAUAAAAUGGCUUUGAUUGGCGGUAAAUCUUCUAUAUUUGUUCAUAGGAGAGUUACGACCUAGGUCUUAUACUGAGUGCUACUAACAAAAGCAAGAAAGCGAUCAAAAUAUGUCAAUUUGAAAAAGUGCUGAUCGCUGGGUGUGAGUAGAGUAGUGAGAUACGGAAGGUAGGCACCUUAACACAGAAUCUAGACCACAUUUACUUUGCCAUGACUAUUGCUAAAACCGUCAGUUGAAAUGAAAAACAACUAAAUAAUCACAGAAAAUUGUCUCUUUAACUUAAUAUCUUAUAUCAUUGCAGAUACUAAAAAAUUAUUUUCAAAAUGUAAAUUUUUCACAUCUAAAGAUUUUGAUUAUUAUUUUUUUGGUCACUAAGCUACCUUCACAAAUCGUAAGUUACGCAGGCGUAAUUUGUUGUUGAUUGAAUUUCCCUUGGAUUGAAUGCCAGUAGUUGAUAAGGUGCAUAAUUCCAUAUUUUAACGUGCAAGUUUUGUUACCCUGGCAAAUAACUUCAUUUUUGUCUUAUUUAGUGUUAGUUCUCAAAUUAAGUGCGAGAUUUCCCUCAGGUGUAGGCGCACAAGGGUUUUAUUCUCGCAAAUGCCAAGUGUGUUCUGGCUAUAGUUUAUCAGUUAAGUCGUUCUCUACUUUCAAACUUGAAUAGUAGUAAAUUAUUGCCUAAUGAAAGCUUUUUCUGAAAAAAAGAAAUGGGCGAGCAAGGGAAAAAAGUGGCUUUCUUCCCCAUGUCUCCUGACAGAGAGCUCCACAGAGGCUAAUAUAAUUAAAAGUGUGAUAAUAAAUGUUGGCAAUGUACUUCAACUGAAUUUGCCUUUUUCUUUAAUCAGAC